AUGAUGAUCAUUAAUUCUGGUCCAGGAGGUGGAAACCUCAGGCUCCUGCCCCAGUCACAGACUAGUCAAGCUCUGACUCUGGGCUUUCCUUUCCCCUCCCCCAUAUCCUUCCUCUCUCUCCCAGCAUCUCCUCCCAGGCCGACUCUUCAUGCUGAGCCGGGUCCUGUGGUGGCACCAGGGGAGGAAGUGACGUUCAGGUGCAGGAGCCCAUCAUCAUCACCCAAUCGGUUGGUGACAUUUCUUCUGCUGAAGGCGGGGACACAGGAGCCCUUGCAAAAGAACCAGGAAACCCUUUCGGAAACCAAUUUCACCCUGAAGUCUCCAAGUGCCCAGGACUCUGGGAGCUACAGCUGCGUGUACUACUACACUUCCCACCCACAUGUCAGGUCGGAAGCCAGUGAGACCCUGGAGCUCUGGGUGACAGACAGCCUUCCCAAGCCCUCUCUCUCAGCCCGGCCCAGUUCCAAGGUAACCCCGGAGGACAACGUGACCCUCCUGUAUCAGGGGCCAUCCCGAGGGCUGGGGUUUGCUCUGUACAAGGAUGGAGAGGAGCUGCCUGUGAGCACCAGUGAGCCCACCCAGCAUGGGGCAGAGUUCCCCUUGAUCCAUGUGAACAUUAACCAGGCUGGAGAGUACAGGUGCUCUUAUCUCCUUGGGAGAAACAGCCAUGUCCUGGCCCUGCCCAGUGAUCCCCUGGAACUCAUUAUACAAAAGGAGCAGAAUGAGAGUCUCACAAGAAAAACCAAAACCAUCCUCAUCACUGCCCUCAGCUGUGCCUUUAUACUCUUCCUCCUCCUCUUCUUAACUUUUGGCCGUCAUUGCCUGUCUCAGAUUGUGAUUUCACAUGGAGACACCUCCAGAAGAUUCCCAAGGUGCCUCAGUUGUACUUGGUUUGUCUGCUUCUCUUCCAAAUCUAGAGCUCCCCAACAUGAGACUGAGUAUGCCCGGGGGGCCAAAUGCAGUAGCUCGAGGACAACUGUUCCUGAGGCUGAAGACCCUGAGGGGCUGACCUAUAUCCAGCUGAAUCCACAAGCCCUGAAGGAACAGCAGAGAGUCCCUGGGAAGAUGGGCCCUGAUCCAACAAUGUAUGCUGCUCUUGCUCUGCAAUGAUGAACAAGAACUUCUUGUUCUGUGUUCUUUCUUAGGAUCUUUUGCUAGAUAAUUAUCCAUAUUCCCCUUCCUCAAUGUGGGGACCCUUUGGAUUCUUUUUGAGUUUUCUCCUCUACACACUUCUGGUGAUCUCCUCAUCUUCUCUGGGUUUUAUCACCAUAACCCAAGGGUCUAGGCCUUCUUCCCUGAACUCUAGGCCCACAUCACCAGUUGCUGAUUGAAAAUUUCCAAUUGGGUGCCCUAUAGGCAUUUCCAACUCUACUGUUCUAAGCAGAACUUUUUUGUUUCUUCCCUCUACAAACAUUUACAACUUUCUCCUUUUUCAAACUUCCUUCCUUCUACUGAAGGCACCCAUAUUCUUUUGGUCUCUCAUGGCUACAAAUUUGGAGUUAUUUUUAAAUCCUCUUUCUGCUCAUCCACAGUCAUUUGCCAACUGCUAUUCCAGCCCCAUUUCUUUGCUCAUAUUGUCACUUUUCCAGGCCUUUGUCACCUCUCUCCUCAACUACUUCUUUUUCUUUUUUUCUUUCUUUCUUUCUUUCUUUCUUUCUUUCUUUCUUUCUUUCUUUCUUUCUUUCUUUCUUGCUGAGGGAAUUGGGAUUGAUUGGGACUUGCCCUGAGUCACACUCCCAGUACGUGUUAAGUAACUGAUACCAGAUUUGAUCUCAGGUCCUCUUGACUUCAGAGCUGGUGCUCUAUCCACUACCCCAACUAGCUUCCCUUCCUCUUCUAUUUCUACAGCAUAUUAAUUGAGAUUUCUGUAUCUGUCCUCUUUCCUCUGCAAUCCAUCCUCCAGAAAGCUGUGAAAUAAAAUUUCCUAAUGCUCCAGUCUGACAUAGUUGAUAUUCUGCCAAGGAAGCUUUUAUGUUUUUCUCUUACUUUUAGGAUCAAUAUAAUUUCUCCAGUUGGGCAUUUGAAGCCCCUGUCUUUCUAGACUCAUUGUAUGUUGUUAGCCUUCACUCUCUCUCCAUUCGAAACAAACUGAGCAACCUGUUGUUCCUCAAAACAGCUGAACUCCCACCUCUGGGCCCUUCCUAAAGCAUUUCUCCACUGCUUUUCCACCUUUGGAAGAGUGUCUUUUGGAGUCUUCAAGACUCAGUCCCAGUUUGUCCUCUUAUAAGCAACCUUUCCAGAUUCACGAAAAUGGAGCAUCUUUCCCAAUAAUUACAUUUCCCAUUCACUAUUGGUUUUUCUUUUUUCAAUACUCGCCUUAAAAAACACCAAAUAAAUGAACACUUACAUGUAAAGGAGCAGAAAGAGGUUUUAUAAAAUUGAUUUUUAUAUGAAUCUUACUUUUCUUUUUGGAAUCUAUAAUAAA